GGAGCGAGCGCAGGCGCGCGGCGAGAGGAGGCUCUGGAGCGAGUGCGCGCCAGUCCCGGUCCCCAGCCCUCGGCAGCAACUGGGUCUCGUCAGGUGCGUCCUCCAGCGCCGUCCUGCUCCGGAGGAUGGAGGAGUCCCGGGAGACGUCGCCGUCCUCCAACUCCUCGCAAGAGCUCAGCUCUGCGCUGCAGCUGUCCAAGGGCAUGUCGAUCUUCCUCGACAUACUGAGGAGAGCUGACAAAAAUGAUGAUGGGAAAUUAUCCUUUGAAGAAUUCAAAGCAUAUUUUGCAGAUGGUGUUCUCAGUGGAGAAGAAUUACAUGAGCUCUUCCAUACUAUUGACACACAUAAUACUAACAAUCUUGACACAGAAGAACUAUGUGAGUAUUUUUCCCAGCAUUUGGGCGAGUAUGAGAAUGUCCUGGCAGCACUUGAAGACCUAAACCUCUCUAUCCUGAAGGCCAUGGGCAAAACAAAGAAAGACUACCAGGAAGCUUCCAAUUUGGAACAGUUUGUCACCCGAUUUUUAUUAAAGGAAACAUUAAAUCAGCUGCAGUCUCUCCAGAAUUCCCUGGAGUGCGCCAUGGAAACUACUGAGGAGCAAACUCGUCAAGAAAGGCAGGGCCCAUCUAAGCCAGAAGUCCUGUCCAUCCAGUGGCCUGGAAAGCGAUCCAGCCGCCGCAUGCAGAGACACAACAGCUUCUCCCCCAACAGCCCGCAGUUUAACAUCAGCACCCCAGGCUUACUGGAAGAAGACAACCAGUGGAUGACCCAGAUAAACAGACUCCAGAAAUUAAUUGAUAGGCUGGAAAAGAAGGAUCUCAAACUUGAGCCCCUGGAAGAAGAAGUUGUUGAAGGGAAUACUAAAUCUCACAUCAUGCUGGUGCAGCGUCAGAUGUCUGUGAUAGAAGAGGACCUGGAAGAAUUCCAGCAGGCUCUGAAGCACUAUGUGGAGAGUGCUUCCGCCCAAAGUGGGUGCUUGCGUAUUUCAAUACAGAGACUUUCAAAUGAAUCUCGCUACAUAAUUUAUGAGUUCUGGGAGAAUAGCAGUGUGUGGAAUAGCCACCUUCAGAUGAAUUAUAGCAAGACAUUCCAAAGAAGUAAUGUGGAUUUCUUGGAAACUCCAGAGCUCACAUCUACUAUGCUAGUUCCUGCUUCAUGGUGGAUUCUGAACAACUAGAUAUACCUAGACACUUGCUUUACGGUGUCAAGUGCAAAACGUGUUCUUAUCUAAAGUGUCAGUCAGAAAAUUUCUCUGUGGCUGUAAUCUACUGUAUACUUUUGUUUAAUAUAUUUAUUCUAAGUUUGCUCACUUUUUAAAAGUACAUUCUACAACUUUAUCAUGAAUGUGAAUUUUAGCUUAGUUUUCAAAGAUAAUUAUUCUCAGUACUUGAUGUUGAUUGCUUUGCUACACUGCAACCAACCUAAAACAUCUAGUGACUACAAAACCCCUAUGUGAUAAAACUGUAUGCAUAAGGAAUAAAAUAGUGAAAAAGGAAUUAUGAUACAGAAAAAAGUUUAAUUGAAAACUCUUAGAGCAUUGCUUCAUAGGAAGAUUUUGUAGAUAAACACUACCAGUGUUUUGUGAUAUUAGUAACAGCUCUUCUGUGAAUGAAGCUUAUUCUUCCAUAGUGUAUACUCUAAUUGUACAUUCCUAUGACUAUUCUCUUUACAUAAAACAACACUGUUUGUAACUUAACUCUCUCUGUUAAACAUUAUCAAGUAAACAAGAGACCCUAUUUUACGGAAAGUUAGCUUAAAUUUUAUGGCAUAUAAAAAUCAGGUAGCUGACAUUCCUAUGAAAACUAGACAUUUGUUUUUGAGUAGUGAUUUCAAAAUAAGUUUUAAACCAAAUGAAUAAAGAAGAAGAAAUAUAAAACAAGCACAAAACUGCGGAGCAGAAGAAACUUAAUUUCCAUUUUCCACACUAAAGUGACUAAAACUAUGUUCCUAAUAUAUUUUAUAUACAUAAAAAUAUAAAAAAUAACAGACAUAUAUCAAAUGAAACAUUUUUAAUAAAAUAAAUAUUUCCUGGUUAUAAGCCCUGCUAAUGAAAAUACAAUUUAUAAUACAAACAGAAAUUUGUUGCCAUACUAUUCUCUAGUUCAAAUUCCUUUGAAACCAUCAGUAUUCAGAGGAAAAUAUUAAGAUAAAUUUUUUCUAUUUUGUCACUGUUAGAAAACUUGGGGAAGGAAACAAAUUAAAAUUUUAUUUCAUAAAUGUAAAAUUAGACCUAAAAUAUCUUUGCAAACGAACCUAUGAAACAUUAACUUUUAUUAAUGCCUUUGUAUACCCUCAUUCCUCAUUCAGGCUAAAUAAAAUUAAGGAAUUUUUUCAUAUUUUCUCUUAGACAUAAGUAGUAAAUUUUGACACAGACUGUGUGUGUUCAAUUCUAAAGAUGACAAGCAUUAUGAAUCAACACCUGGCUCAAUACUUUUAAUAUAUAUACAAAGCCGAGAACAACAUUAAUAGAGAUGUACAAUGAUUAUUCAAACAAGCUAUACAUAUGUACAAAGUCAAGCAAGAGUCUUUGGAGUCUCACUCUGAUUACACAUAGUAAUAAGGAUCAAAAGACUUUGAAACUUCAAGACUUUCAACAUACAAACUCUUCUUGGAAACAGUUAUAAAGGGUUUCAAAAGGACAACUUUCAUUAGUCAAAAUAUUUCUUUGGUUAGUCCAUUCAGUAUCCAACUCUAAAAAGCAUAUCAAGUCUUUUGGAUACAGUUUUCAAAGUACCUUGAUAAUAUGACUAAAAACAGGAUUCUGCCCAGUAAUGGUACUAAAUGGAAAAGCUCUCUAGAUUGAAUAUUGGAAUAAAUUCUAUCAUAUCUUUUAAACUAGAACCAAAUAAAAUUAAGGAUAGACAAAUAAUGAAGCAACCCAUCUUAAUUUAUGUUAAUUCUGACCCUGGUUCUUACACAUAUAUUUUUGUAUAUGUUUAUGAGAGUAUUGCUUAUGACUAUGUGUUUAUGCACACAUAAAUAUGUAUGUAUGCAUAUACAUAUAUAUAUGAAUUAUAACUUAAAGUACAAAAGGUAAAUAGUAGGAAAAAACAAUUGAAAAAUUGAGCCUCAAGUAUAAACAUCCCAUUUUAAAGUAAUCAAAAAAUUUACAG